GCGACACAAUAUAUUCAUUUUGGCUAGAUUUAUACAAAAUUUCAACUGCAAAACAACAUUUCUCUUCCAUUAGAAAAAUAACAGCAUUAAAAUAACAUUAGACGAUAAUUUUGCGGCUCAAAGACGAAAUUUAUUUAACUAAUCAAGUUUCCCUAGGUUCAAAACUUCAAAUUGCCGCCGCCCCUGGCAUCGCUGCCUAUGUUCAUCUCUGCUCGAUAAUUUUUUGAUCGACGGAUUCUACGCCCCAGGGAUGGAACAGAUGACACGCGUCUGAAGCUGAAAAAACGCGAUACGCGAAACGCGUCGGAAAAUUUGUUGUAAUUUUCAAUUUUAUUGUAAUUACAAUUACGGACCGCUUGUAAUUGUCGUGGCACUGGCAUAAUCAGCAGGCCAAGUGAAUAUAUAUAAAGUUUCAGUUUUAAAUUGAACGAACAAAAACUCAGUGAGAAAAAAAGUACAUCUUUCCCUUUCCGAAUUUCGCAUAAGAACGUAGUAGCUUGUGGAACCUAAGAAGUCGGGAAAACUAAAGAAAAACGUAUAGAUACUAAGUGCAGUAGCAGCAACAAGACAACUAUUUAAUAAAAGUGCAUAUAUACGAAGAAUAAAGGCAAUUUUCAUAUCAGCAAUUGUGAAAUUUUCCUAAACGGAAAGCGAGAAAAAACAAGCAACUGAUUGGAGGAUAAUAUGAGUAAUGCUAUCCAAAAUGGCACAGGUCUAGAGCAGCAAGUUGCUGGUCUGGACUUGAAUGGCGGUUCAGCUGACUAUAGCGGCCCCAUAACAAGCAAGACUUCCACUAAUUCGGUCUCCGGUGGUGUUUAUGUGCCCCCGCAUCUUCGUGGUGGUGGUGGCAACAACAACGCUGAUUUAGAUAAUCAGGGCCAAGGACAGGGCUUUGAAUCAAGAGCUGCUCCCCAGCGUCAGGAUAGUAGGGAUCAGCAACAGCGUGGUGGUGAAUAUCGCAGAGGAGGAGGCAAUCGUAGUUAUAAUAAUCGCCAAAGCGGCGACUACGGAAGUUUUGGCAACGGCGGAGGCGGUCGACGAGGUGGCGGCGGCAACGGCCGUUACGAAGAUAAUUAUAACGGAGAUUACGACUCGCGUCGCGGUGGUGACUGGAAUCGCAGCGGUGGUGGAGGUAGAAACUUCGGGGACCGACGUGGCCCUUCGUUCAGGGGAGGUCCCGGCAACGGCGGUGGUGGUGGCGGUGGCGCCGGCGGCAGUAACACCGCCCUUAACGAGCAGGGCGAAGAUGGACAGCAGCAACAACCACGUAAUGAUCGCUGGCAAGAGCCAGAACGUUCAGUUGGAUACGAUGGCGGAUCUGUGGAUGGUGGUCAACCCGGUGGCGGUAAUAACAGAAGCUUCAACAAUCGCGGGGAGCGCGGAGGCGGCGGUGGAUAUAAUAGCCGCUGGAAGGAGGGCGGAGGCGGCAACGCCGAUUACACAAAAUUGGGCGCCCGAGAUGAGCGCCUGGAACAGGAGCUGUUCGGCGUCGGUAACACCGGUAUCAAUUUUGACAAAUACGAGGAUAUACCCGUGGAGGCGACGGGCCAGAAUGUGCCGCCGAACAUCACAUCGUUCGAUGAUGUGCAGCUGACGGAAAUUAUUCGCAACAAUGUGAAUUUAGCGCGUUAUGACAAACCGACACCGGUGCAAAAGUACGCCAUACCGAUCAUUAUUAGCGGCCGGGAUCUAAUGGCCUGUGCCCAGACCGGCUCUGGUAAGACAGCGGCUUUCCUGUUGCCCAUUCUUAAUCAAAUGUACGAGCAUGGGAUUUCGUCGCCGCCUCAGAGCAAUCGUCAGUACAGCCGUCGGAAGCAAUAUCCGUUGGGUCUGGUGCUGGCACCAACCCGCGAGCUGGCUACUCAAAUCUUUGAGGAGGCUAAGAAGUUCGCUUACCGUUCCCGGAUGCGUCCUGCAGUUCUGUACGGCGGUAACAAUACUAGCGAGCAGAUGCGAGAACUAGACCGCGGAUGCCAUUUAAUUGUGGCCACUCCGGGUCGCCUGGAGGACAUGAUUACACGCGGCAAGGUGGGCCUAGAGAAUAUCCGAUUCCUGGUACUGGAUGAAGCCGAUCGCAUGUUAGACAUGGGUUUCGAGCCUCAAAUCCGGCGCAUUGUCGAGCAAUUGAAUAUGCCGCCUACUGGCCAGCGCCAGACACUCAUGUUCUCGGCCACAUUCCCCAAACAAAUACAGGAGCUGGCCAGCGAUUUCCUCAGCAAUUAUAUUUUCCUUGCAGUCGGCCGUGUUGGCUCUACAUCGGAGAAUAUUACGCAGACCAUUCUUUGGGUUUACGAGCAGGACAAACGGUCCUAUCUCCUGGAUCUGUUGUCGUCAAUUCGCGAUGGGCCCGAGUAUUGCAAGGACAAUUUAACGCUGAUCUUCGUGGAGACCAAAAAGGGGGCUGACUCUUUGGAGGAGUUCCUCUAUCAGUGCAAUCACCCGGUGACAAGCAUUCAUGGCGAUCGUACCCAGAAAGAGCGUGAGGAGGCAUUGCGUUGCUUCCGCUCGGGCGAUUGCCCCAUUCUGGUGGCUACCGCAGUGGCUGCCCGUGGCCUGGACAUUCCACAUGUUAAGCAUGUCAUUAAUUUCGAUCUGCCAUCUGAUGUGGAGGAGUAUGUGCAUCGCAUUGGCCGUACCGGCCGCAUGGGUAAUCUCGGCGUGGCCACGUCGUUCUUCAACGAAAAGAAUCGCAACAUUUGCUCCGAUCUGCUAGAAUUGCUUAUUGAGACCAAACAGGAAAUUCCCAAUUUCCUCGAAGAUAUGCUCAGCUCGGAUCGUGGACAUGGCGGUGCCAAGCGUCGUGGUGGCGGCGGCGGCGGAGCCCGUUAUGGUGGAGGCUUCGGCUCCCGCGAUUAUCGUCAAAGCUCUGGCGGCGGAGGAGGUGGUCGCAGUGGCGGACCCAGCCGUAGUGGCGCUCCUGGCGGAGGUGGUAACUACCGUAGCAAUGGCAAUUCGUAUGGAGGCAACUCAGGCGGUGGCGGUUACUACGGCAGCGGAGGCGGCGGUGGAGGAGGUGGCGGCGGCUCUUAUGGAGGCUCCUAUGGCGGCGGAGCGUCGCACUCCAACAACGGACCCGAUUGGUGGGGUCAAUGAGCAAGGGCCCAUCAUCCCCAGGGCCAUCAACGGGCUGUGUACGCCAAGCAUUCGCAAUCGCAUCAGCAGUCGCCGUCGCAUUAUAGCAACUUUCGCAAUUAACUAAGAUUGGAAGAGGAUUGUAAGUGUGGAGUAGAGGAAGAAUACCAAGAAACCUAAGAUGAAGAGAAGGUGGCAACGAAAUCGAGAACGCAAUCAGUUGAACCGAUGAUGAUAAACAACUAUAUAUUAUAUAUCCGUAUAUAUACAUACAUAUAUAUUGAUAUAUAUACUAUAUAGAAGUAGUAAAUGUGAAAGAGAAACUGUCUGUGCGCAGCGCAACACAACAAAAUACAUACACUAACCAUCAACCUAUCCAAUCCCACUCCGCCCCAAUUCAAUACCACAACACAAUCCGUAAUGCUCCCUCCAUCCACCAUCCACACUCAUCCAUAACAAUAGUAACUAUUAAAAUAAAUUGUUUAAAAUUAA